AUGCAGUUUCCUAUCUCCGCUCUUAUCGCCAGCGUUGUGAUCGCUACAGCCUCCGCCCAGAACGGCAACUAUAUCCACUCGCCGUCGACCGAUCUUUCCUACUGCGUACAGGGGGAUGAUGUCUUCUGUGGUGGCAUCGAACCAGUUUGCCCUGAUGGCCAGACUGCUACUUAUGACGCCACGGUCAAUCAGGCCAACGUGGAUGCAUGCAAGGGUAUUGAGGUGAAUGGUAUCGCUGGCUACUGCACACAGACUGUACUUUGCGUGCCGUCCUGA